ACAGACCAGUCCGUUCCCGCCCACACACAGCAGCAGAACCAGCAGAUAUGACAGGAUGAAGCCCAGCGCCAUCCCAGAGGAGUGCAGAGAGCAGCUGAAAGUUUCUGGGUGCAGAGUUGAGCUGCUGGUUGCUGUGCUGGUUUCUGUGCUGGUCGCUGAGCUGGGAUGGUGUGUGUGUACUGGGCCAGGCUGGCUGGGGUGCUGGUGCUGCUGGUGCUGCUGGUCGGAGCAGCUGAUGGACAGGUAUACCAGCGUUGGGAGGCGGGGUCAUCGUGCUACGGCGGGUUCGACCUCUACUUUGUUCUGGACAAGUCUGGAAGUGUGAAACACCACUGGAAUGAGAUUUAUUACUUUGUGGAUCACCUGACGCACAAAUUCAUCAGUCCUCAGCUCCGGAUGUCCUUUAUCGUUUUUUCAACGGAGGGCCGGACUUUGAUGGAGCUAACCGAUAACAGGGAUCAGAUCAGCGCUGGGUUGGAACAGUUGAUGCAGGUGUUGCCGGGAGGAGAUACCUUCAUGCAUAAGGGCUUUGAGAAGGCCAGUGAGCAGAUCUACUACGCUACAGGAGAUGUGUACCGCAUGGCCAGCGUCAUCAUCGCUCUGACGGAUGGAGAACUGCGCGAGACUCAGUUUGACCUGGCAGCGCGAGAGGCGGAUCGGUCGCGGCAGCUGGGAGCCACAGUGUACUGCGUGGGAGUGAAGGACUUUAAUGAAACUCAGUUGGCCACGAUAGCGGACAGUAAAGAGCACGUCUUCCCUGUGAACGACGGCUUUGAGGCUCUGCAGGGCGUCAUUGACUCAAUCCUGAAGAGGUCCUGCAUUGAGAUCCUCGCCGUUGAGCCAUCCACCAUCUGUGCAGGAGAAUCCUUUGAUGUGGUAGUCAGGGGAAAUGGUUUCCUCUCCACGCGGGAUGCAAGUCGGGUACUCUGCAGCUUCCAUAUCAACGACACCGUCACCAUCAUGAAGAGGCCGCUGCUGGUGGAGGAUACGUAUCUGCUCUGUCCAGCGCCGGUGCUGAAGGAGGAGGGGACGUCCGCCUCCCUCCAUGUCAGUAUGAACAACGGUCUGAGCUUUAUUUCCAGCUCCAUCACCAUCUCCACACUGCGCUGUGUGAGUACAGUACGGUCUCCAGGCUCUUCCACUACCAGCACCACUACCAGUACCACCACAAGCACUACUACUACUACUACUACUACCAGUACCAGUAGCAGCACCGCCGCCGCACUGCCCACUAGCUCAGCUCCAGCGUCAGUCUGCCCACAGCUCACAGUGGACGGGACGGUUCUGGCCAUUGCUCUGCUGAUCCUGAUGUUGCUGCUGGCCGUAGCUCUGCUCUGGUGGUUCUGGCCGCUCUGCUGCACCGUGAUCAUCCACGAGCCCCCGCCUCCGCCACCGCCGGAGGACAGCUCGGAUGAAGAGGAGGACGGCUAUCCGAAGAAGAAGUGGCCGACAGUGGACGCCUCUUAUUAUGGGGGGAGGGGAGUCGGCGGCAUUAAACGCAUGGAGGUGCGGUGGGGAGAUAAGGGAUCUACAGAAGAAGGGGCGAAGCUGGAGUUGCCGAAGAAUGCCCGUGUGAAGAUGCCCGAGGAGGAGUUUGAGUUCCCUCCGACCCGAACCCUCAACAACGGCAUGCGCAAACCCAUCCGCCCACAGAAGUGGUACUCCCCCAUUAAGGGGAAGCUGGACGCUCUGUUGGUGUGGUUGAGGAGAGGAUAUGAUCGUGUUUCUGUGAUGAGGCCGCAGCCCGGAGAGAAGGGUCGCUGUAUGAACUUCACCCGGGUCAAAUCGUACCCGCCCCCUCGGUACCCCCGCAACAACAGCUCCAUCGACAACCAAUCCAGACACAUAUACAGCCUGCCCCAUAGCUCUGCCCCUCCUGCACCAAAGAGCAACCUGCCCCCAACCCCGCCCUGCUACCCCACCCACUCCACAGACCCGCCCUGCAACUACCCUGACCACCUCGCCUACCCCUGCCACUCCCCCACCACCUCAUUGCCCCCCCUACCUCUAACCCCACCCCCAACAUCCAUUAGUCCACCCCCUUACACUCCUCCACCCACCAGAGCUUUACCACCAGCCUCCUUCACUCUCACUUUGGCCCCGCCCCCCUCUCCACCAACCGCCUGUCUGUCCCUAUCAGUGACUGGCUCACUGCCCCCGCCCCCUCAUUCUGCCCCACCUGGCAGAGCUCCUCCUCCCUCCCGCCCUCCACCGCGCCCCUCCCACGACGAUCUCCAGGACUGAUUGGGUCUUGCAGGGUCCAUCUUACAAUGAGGAACUUCUCCAACCCAAUUGGAGGAUCCAGUCCGAGUUACUCCACCCAUCUACAGGUUUCUCCAAGUUCUCCACCAAUCAUGUGACCACCAAUCGGCUCAGAUCAGGACAUGGAUGGGAUUUUAUGUUCUGGACGAGGUUCUAGAAAGAUCCGUCCAAAAUACGCAACUUCUCUGCUCAAAUUCAUCUAAAGAACCAAAAGCUUCAGAGACUUUCCACGCUUUCCAUCCUGUCUGAACAUUGGUCUGGACCUCCAGUGGAAACUUUCUUUAAACAUCUAAACAAUUUGCCAAAGGUUGAGAAUUUUUGAGAAUUUGAAAAAAAAAAAACUUUUUAAAAAUGUCUUCCUGUACAUUCCAAAUCAGACCAGGGUCAGUUCUCGAAGGUUAGAGUUGAGCACAGUUUGGUUGUUUCCCAGCUUGAAGACACUUGAACACAUCUGGAAACAUAUUAACUCAACUGGUCGAGUUAUUUAACUAACUAAUUGGCACCUAAUCAAGUUAAUGCUACAUCAAACAAAACUUUAUAUUCAUAAGAAAUGUGGUGGUGGUUCAGCUAAAAUCCAUAUUAUACCCACUACCAAACGUUUCUGAUUUGCGUAGUUGGUGUUUUAUGAUUUGGUCUAGGUUCUGUAAAGAUCUGUCUUAAUAUGGAACUUCUCUGCUACAAAAGUUCAACUCAAUUCAUGUUCAGUCAAAUCUGAUGCAAACAAAUCUACCUUAAAAACCAGAACGCUUCAGAAACUUUCCAUCUUUUCAGCGCUUUUCAUCCUGUUUAGACAACAGUCUGGACAAGCUCAGUGUUCUCCGGUGAACAUCAACUCAAAAUCUAAACUUUUUAACAAAUCUAGAGCAUUUUUAAGACUUUAAAAAAGUGUAAAUUCCUUCCAACUCAUUUCUAAAUAAGGUAGGCCAGAGUUGAGCACAGCAGUUGUAGCGACCUGCCAACUAGUCAAACUUCAGUCAACUGAUCGAGUUAUUUUACUAAUUUGCAACACAUCCUCAGUAAUAACCAAAGUCCAUGUCACAUUACCAACAAAUGUCAAUGUGUCAAAUCAGACGAAUCAGGGUGUCCAGCAUCAGUUCUGGAAGGUCAGAGUUGACCAGACCUAGCUGGCAACUAAUAUAAUUCAGUCAACUAGGUGGGAUAGUUGGGUUAUUUAUCUGGAUUAAUUUUAAGGCCCAAUCCCAGUUGCCCCUCAGUUUUGCGUGUUCAGGUCUAGAGGUAGGGGGUCCGGAUUCUCGUUAGUCUGUAGGGGUAGGUUAGGGGAAAUGUUGGAGCUACAUGAUCCUUCACACAGAGAUUUUUUAAAGGAACACUCCAAACAGAGAGUUAUGUACCAUAGUUUAAUGUGUAGUUUAAAUGUUUAAUGGUAAUUCUCUUUAUAACAACUCUGUUCUAAGGGUAAAUAUCACACUCCAAAAUAAGGGGUACUGUACAAAUUAGAAAUUGGAUUGGGCCACAAUCACACCAAACAUUCAGAACAAAGUAUAACAGUUCUAUUGUAACUUUGUAGAGAUGGGUCUUAGUGUAUCAAACUCUCCUUAGCACUGAAUGUUUUCUCAGAAUCAAUCAGUUUAAAUCUGUAUAAAUGUGUUGACAAACGCGCCAACGCAACAAACUUUAGGUUUCUCACUAUUUCUUGAUGUUUCUCUUAAUAUAUUAAAAUCUUUUGGAGUAUGUUGUUGCAGGUGGGUGUGGUCUUAGCAAUCACUAAUAGCAACAUGCAGUAGCUGAAACAGAGUGCUUACGCGACCUAUUCCUCACAUAUGGUACAACACCCUGGAUACCCUUGAGUAUUAAUGAGAAUACGAAUAAUAAUGUUGUUGUUACCUUACAAGUCACAAGACAUUCGGCUUUAACUCAAUCCAACACAUCUGUAUGUGAUGAAUUUUCCAGUCUAUCGUUUUAUCUGAAGCACACGUCUGGUUUUUGAGCCACCAGAACCAGAGCUGGACGCCCCUGUUAUAGAAUAAAGCUUGGUAAGGUCUUACUGCUGGUUCUGAACGUGAGUAAUGGAGUAGUAGCAUUAGUUUCUAAAAGAAACAUCAUUAUUACAACUGAUAAAUCGAUGGGAAUUGACUAAGGUUUUACACAUGAACGAUUUUCCACAUCAAUAUCUGUGUAAUGAUGUAGGUGAAGAGAAUGUUUACGUCAGUGACGGUUCUCUAAGUUAAACAGCUCGGCUCACACAGUGCUAUAAUAAAGACGAUGUAUAGAAUUGCGGGCGAACGCAAUACGCUAAUCCUAUUUUACUUGAGAGAUCAGAUCAUCAAGGCUCUGCUUUAUCGCUGCUUUAUACCAGGAGAACAUCGUUACAGAACAGAGGGAGCAGCAGAAACGUACAGAUGUAGAAAUAAAUGGUGGGAGUUUUACCUUUGAAGUUUUGUAGAACUUUCAGGCUUGUAAUAUAUAUAUGUAUAUUGUAUAUAUGGCAGUAAUUAUCUCUAUUAUUAGCGGCUUUGCAGAUGCUCAGCACAGCAAGGAUGCAAACAGCAAAACAAGGCUUCUAUUACGACUUAUCCCAUGAUGUUUUCCUGUUUGAAGGACCAGUAUGUAUGUUAUUUUGUGUACUAAACGAUUAAAUGAUGUGAAUCAUAAGGAUAGAGUUUAAUGCUAAGUUUAAGCUAGUUUUGGCAUUUCUUGAAUUAGUAUCUUUGAAUUGUUGACUCAUUACAAAGCAGAAAUAUGUUUAUGUUUUAGCCUCUGAUUCCGCCCACUGCGGACUGGCUAACACAAUUCAUGCUACAAUAUGCUAACGUGAACUGCUAGCAGACACCAUUAGCUUAUUAGAUCAACUUGUCGGUCACCGUUGAAAAAGUUCUUAAUCUUAUUUUGCGCUUCUUCGCAAAAUAGAUUCAGUGUUCUCAACCUGGCAACCUUGGGGAGGAGAAAAGGCGGGGGAGCAACUCUCUCCAGUGUUUGAAAUCGGACUCCAGUAGCUAUUUUACACGCUUGAUGUUAUUUGAUACAUACUGUUCCUUUAAAUCAGGUGAUCAGACUUGUUUAUCUUCUGGACUCUGCAGAGUCUGAUGAUGUUAAGUGUUAAUUCAGUCUGUGUGGAUCUUUGUGCAAUAUGGGGCAUUAAUGUAACGAAGAGCAUGACUUACACACUCCUGUUCUGACCCAACACACACACACACAAACACACACACACACACUUUCUUACCGAUCUCAAAGUGAAUGUAUGUGUACAAUUCUUUUUUCUAAAUAAAAGUUUUUUUUUAUUAAAA